GAUUAAUCUAAAUCUAUACCGUGGGAGCUGUAGAUCUAUAUCUACUUGUUUUUGUUCUUUAUUAUCCUCCAUAUUAAUAAUAGACAUGACUGUAAGUGUAAUGUAGUAUUCAAGUAAAAGUGAGCAAGUCGAGUAAUUUCGCACGACCUGCACGAUUCCCGCUUCACGAAAGUGGAAGAAAUCGAUUCCUCUGGGGGAAUCGAAAUCGUUUCCGAUUCCUCCAUAUUUACUUAUUUUUAUCUUUUAAAAAUUGUAUUUGAACUUAUUAUUACUUAAGCAAUCGAAACGUUAACUUUUUUUUUUUAACUUUUAAAAAUCUCUAGAAUUUUAAGAUUAUUUAAAAGUGGACUCUUGAUUUAGAUUUCUAGAUUUUGUACGUUUUGGUCUAAAACUGAAACAUAAUUCUAGAUCUAGAGUCUAGAAGUAGAAAGCUUAAUAUAUAGAUCUAGAUCUGUAGCCUAUUAGAUGUCAUCAUGUCAUGCAUUGUAAACCAAAAAUGACUGGAACCUAGAUGAAGUAGAUGCUAUAUAUCAUACUAUUCUUUGGCAAUGAGACAAUUGUUUACAACAGUGUUUUCUAAGGUCUAAUCCAUACACUGAAUUGACUGAAGAAAUAAAAUUAACGUCUAAUAAAAACCAAGAAUCGAGUAACUGACACUAAAGUCACUAUGUCUAAAAGAAAAUUAAGUGCUGCCUGGGACUACUUUACCAAGGAUUCUCAGGAUGAAAGUAAAGCUGUCUGUAGUGUGUGCUUUAUUAAAAUAGCCCAUAACAACAACACAACCAAUAUGCUUAAACACUUGAGAAUCAAACAUCCUGCAGAAUUCUCUCAUUCUCAGGCUCAGAUAUCAGGUAGCAAACUGACUGAUCUAUCGGCCAUCAAGAACAAAGUAGCCAAAGGAAUCAAACCUAAAGGUGCUCAUCAUAAACCUGUGCUCCAGCCUCGGCUACUAAAAGUGAAUAUAUCAAGUAAAAGAAAAUUAAGUGCUGCCUGGAAUUUCUUCGUCAAGGAUUCAGAAGAUGAAAGUAAAGCUGUGUGUAACAUGUGCUUCUUUAAAAUUGCCCAUAACAAUAACACAACUAACAUGCUAAAGCAUUUGAGAAUCAAGCAUCCUUCAGAGUUUGUAGCUUCAAAUGCUGUGAAAUUAAAAGACUCUGCAGUGCCUCAGCCUAUGCUAUUUAAGACUCCAUUGAAUCAUUUAUCACAGUACAAUGCUGACUCUCAACGCAAAAAGAGAAUAGAUGAAAUCUUAGUGUCUAUGAUUGUGUCUGACCUGCAACCGCUUUCCCUUGUAGACGACAAAGGAUUUCUAAAACUUAUCUAUGAACUUGAUUCUAAAUACCAACCUCCGAGCCGCCAUACGAUUUCUCGCAUUUUGAUUCCAGACCUUUAUUCUAAAGCAAGAUCAGAACUGAUGAGCAUUCUUUCAACCACAUCCUCAGUGGCCUUAACCACAGACUUAUGGUCUUCAAAUCAAUCUGUAGCAUACCUUACAGUUACAGCUCAUUUUAUCACUCCCAGUUUCAAACUGACUAGUGCAGUUUUAACCACAACUACUCUAAAUGGAGAUCAUACAGCUGAAAAUAUUGCCAGUAAACUGAUUCAGGUCACUGAGAAUUGGGCCAUUACAGACAAGUUGUUGGUUGUAUUAACAGACAACACAGCUAACAUGAUGAGAGCAGUAACAGACAUUUUGCACUGGAGACACCUACCUUGUUAUGCCCACACACUGAACUUGAUUGCUAAAUCAGCUUUUAUUGCUUCAGAAAAAAUAGUUGCUCUUCAUAACAAGCUAAAAGCUAUAGUUAACUAUUUUUACUCAUCCAACAAGGCUAUGGAUAAACUGAGAGACAUUCAACUGCUAACAAGUUCCCCAGAAAAAAAACUAAUUCGUGAAGUAGACACCCAGUGGAAUUCAACGUAUUGCAUGUUUCGCAGAGUAGAUGAAAUGCAUGAAAUAAUAUCUACUGUGCUCAGCAGACUCAAUGUAGCCCAUUUGUGUCUCACUGACUAUGAUUUGCAUUUGCUAAGAUUAACUCUAUUUGACCUGCAGCCUUUGGAAGAAGCAACCAGAGAAAUUUCUUCCGAAAAAUAUACAACAUUGUCUAAAAUUUUGCCACUGUCAAGAGUACUUUUUGAAAAGUUAUCUGACACUAAAAGCUCAGCUACAAGCAUUAUACCACAUCUUUUGAGCCAAAUGAGGAAGUGUUUCAAUCUUCUUAGUACAAACUUUACUGUCUCAGCUUCAACCUUGCUUGAUCCAAGAUAUAAAAAGCACGGCCUUCCUGAUGACAACACUGAAGACUUUGUCAUCAGGCCUCUCAUCGAAGAGCUAAGUGAGAUUGCACAAAAGCAACAGUCCACACAGACAUCAUCAUCGACCUCUGAGAAAGAAGCAACUGCUACAAAGGCCUCAUCAAGCUUGUGGGACUUGUAUGACAAUGCCAUAGCUCGGGCUGCUGUGAACACUUCUUCAUUUGUUAGUGCUGAGGUAGAAAUGCAGCGAUACCUUGAUGAGCCUUACUUAGACAGGCUCAAAGAUCCACUCGAAUGGUGGAAGCGGCACAGCCAUGCUUUCCCUAAUCUUACAGUGUUAGCCAGGAAAUAUCUGUGUGCCCCUGGUACAUGUGUACCAGCAGAAAGACUUUUUAGUAAAACAGGACAAAUUGUCAAUGAACGAAGGAACAGGUUAAAGGCCAAAAAUAUUGAUAUGAUCCUCUUUCUUAACAAUAAUGCUAUUUAGUGUAACCAUUGGGGAAUUUAGUAGCUGUAACAUAUUUAUUUUUACCAUACUAAACUGUAUAAUUAUGUCAUCUAUUUUAAUCAUUAGAAAUCUUUUUUAUUUUAAAAAUAAGCUUUAAAAUUAAUUUUAUAUUGGUUUUUGUUUUUUAAUUUUUCAAAAUUAAUGUCACAAUGUGACAACAGAUAUAAAAUGUGUAAAGCAUUUGUCUUCCUUCUUCUUCCUCAUAAGUAGCGGCAGUAGAAGUGUAAAAUAACUUACCUUGUGCUGGAUAGGAUGCAGUCAUUUAGUAAACAGACAGUUCUCUAUACUUCGACAUCGACCACCAACAUAAAUAAUAUUCUUGCUUGAUCUAUUAUGCACCAAGAGGCUUGUUAACUCAUUUCCACUUGCUUUUGAUUAUUGAAGAUUACUUGUAAUUGUUAUUCACAGUUAACUGUAAUAUAUUAUAAGUUGUUUUUUUCAUUAUUCACCAA